AUGGAGGCACGUCGUCGACAAAGGAAGGAAAGGCUGAGACACGCGUGCAGUUCAUCAUUGCGUCGUGAUGAAUCGGGAGAUGGAUUGUUGACAUUCGAGACACCGGACGCUCACAGAGAUUUGAAAUGGUUAAUCUAUGACGUUAAUAACCGCCUGGAGCAGCCAGAUGGGAAAGAAUGUUGCGCUUACCACCAAACAACAGGCCACGAUACAGAGGAAUGUCGCGAUUUGCUGCGCGCGGUGGAGCGAUUAAUAGCGGUCGGGGAACCAAUCAGACCUCAAAGGGAUCGGGCCUUAACUACUAAGGAGGUGAGCACGAUUGUAGGAGGAUUUGGUGGAGGUGAAGUCACUAGUGCAGCAAGGAAGCGAUACGCCAGGGCGGUGAACGCGGUCACGGAGACUCCUUUUGGUUUUUCACAUCCAGACAUUAGAUUUUCGUCCGCGGACUUCUGCGGAAUAAAGCCACACCUGGAUGAUCAGAUUGUGGUUCCACUGCGUGUCAAUCAACUCAAUGUGCAGCGAGUGCUUCUGGAUCAGGGAGGUUCGGCGGACAUCAUUUAA